GUAAAACCCCACCUUUCUCCAGUCAAGGAACUGGAUGUAGGUAUCCUGGGGCAGGUCUGGGAUGACGAAGGUGCCCCCAUAGAAGGAGGGGACGGAGAGGGUGGUGGGAGGCCAGCCUCCCUGGAGCCCAUCUCCCAGAGAAGACCCUGGCUAACAGCCCUGUCGAUGCUGAAGACGAACCAGACGGUGUGGAUAUCGGCCCCCAAUGUCAGGUUAGACACCAGGCCCUCUGUGUGUCUCAUAUAUAUAUAUAAAUAAAUGAGAGAGAGAAUAAGGUUAUGUCAAAUUAAGUAGCUAAUGGAAGGGUGCUUUAUUAAUGGUGGUUAAAUGUCUACCAUGGAGAGCCAACUUGAAAUAACAUAUUGCCUUAAAGUCAUGAUGUCCCAUAGUUGACUCAGCCCAUAUUCUCCACCAGUAUGUCCACAUGACUCCCAGCCUUCCCAGUCACGUUGAUGGUCAGGGCCUAAUCCCGCUCUAGGAUUCCAGCAGCAACCUGGUGACAAGACCAUAUUGAAUUGCAACAUACAUAUUCCUUUUUUGAAGAACCUGAAGACUGGUCAUGUGACUCAGGUAGUUGUAGUCACAGGCAAAGUAGCUGCCGUACUCAUUCUCCACCUGAGAGAGAGAAGGGGGAGAGGAGAGAGGAGAGAGAUGGCCUCUUGUUAAGGUGAUGAGAGGCAAUGUUCGACAAACAGUAUUCUAUUGAAUUGUAGAUUUAAUUAAGGCACAAUAUGAAGUUAUCCAAACUUUUGCUAUUGAUUCCCCAAUUGUUUUUAUUAUUAAUCAUUGAAUAUCAACAUGGCUCACCUGAACAGUAAUGAUGGGUCCACUGUUCCGAUAAAGGAACGCUUUAACAUUGGCAGUAGUUUGCCCAUCCACUUGUCAGCAGCUGCAAUGUAAUCUGAAACAAAUGGAUUUAGGGGUCAAAAAACACAAUUCUUAUAUUGUAAUACUAAUAGAAUCCAUUACAUUCUCAUCUAACGGUCAAUACACACCUGGGUCUGAGGAAUGCAGGACAAUGUCUUUCUUGUGGAGCAGCCAGGCAGGCAAGCACCCCUAAAGAUCAAGUCAUGAAAUUGGCAAAUUAUCACACAGUCUGUCAAGAAAGACACAGCUGAUGUAGAAGUGUCGUUACAACAUUGUGACUUAUUUAUUGUCUUCUGAAAACAACUAGGAAUACAGGCACAAUUUGCCAACAUUAUUACACAUCAUAUCAUCAACAGGUAUAUUUAUCAUAAAACAUUUGUUUACAGUCAUUCUCUCACCAUAUCCCACUCUCCACAGAUAUAGGGCCCAGGCCUCAGUACAACCAGCAGACCAAUGUCUUGGGCCAAUUGCAGGAAGUGUUCUAGAUCCCUGUCCCCACUGAAGUUGUACCGAUCCGGGGAGAGCUCAUGGAAAUUGCAGGGGAUGUACCUGGAAUGUCAAAUGUAAUUUUUCAACCAAAAUGGACAAUGAAGUAGUAUUUAAGUCCAUACCACCAGAUGGUAAAUCAUAGCUCUGUCUGAGGUUUAAGGCCCGAUGAAGGAAUUCUGUCUGGUUAUCAGUAUUUGGAGGUGAUUUGAUUAAAUGGCUCUUUCUUUGAAUUAAAUCAAAUCAAAUCAAAUGUAUUUAUAUAGCCCUUCGUACAUCAGCUGAUAUCUCAAAGUGCUGUACAGAAACACAGCCUAAAACCCCAAACAGCAAGCAAUGCAGGUGUAGAAGCACAAUGCAGGUGUAGAAUUACUUUGAUCAAUGUUAAUUCUAUGUCCAAAUUGGCCACUAACGGAAAACUAGAAGGACCAUUGAAGACACUAAUCUAACUGGUUGGCAUUCAGUGUAUUUAUGACAUAGUGGCCAGUCUACAUUUGCCUGGCUACCCAGGCUCCUUGCUAAACGCUACGCCAAGCCUACGGACUUAAGUUUCUUCUACACAAUGAGUCUGGAUCGGAGUAUACCUCCCGACCCGAACACAUUCUGGGCCGUCUCAUUGGUCCAGAAACCGAUGGGUUGUGCCAGAGCCAGAACAAACAUGGGUAAAGAGGCGGUUUAAAAAAAAUCGUCAUUGGCUUUGAUACUCUGAUUGGUUAGAGACGAUCCAAUUGCUGAUGCCAUUGUUUUUAUUUUACAACGCCCCUCAUCACCACAAACGACUUCAAUGAUGGCAGUCUCAGAGUAAAGUAUAUAGCGAACGACGGAACAGCGGAAUAACUUAGUGUGAGUCGUCAGGCUAAGUCUACAUACACCUGAAUGGCGUUCAGUCCGGCCAUAUACAUCUCGACUAGCCUGUCUUUCCAGUAGGCCCUGGGGAUCCUGUUGUAGUGGAUGCUACCGGAGAUGUAAAGGCCUACAUCUCGAUGAAAAUUAACACAGAGAGUAAAAGAGGAUAUUCUAAUGCCCAUUUACGUUAUGAAUUUAUUUGGCUUGCAGUAGAUCAACCACAGACAGAUGGGGUAACCCACAGUUCACAGGGACUUUACACGUUCUCACCACCAUAUAUAUUGUAGUGUUGCCAAAACUAGAUUAUGUUUACGAACACAAUCCGCUACAUUUUUAUUUACUUGACGCUAUGCCAGCGUUGAAAAGGCCUACUUCUCGAUUAAAAUGAAUACAGAUACAGAGUGGGAAAUAGGUCAUUUUAAUGUACAUUUAGGUUAUUAAUUUCUAUAGCUUGCAGUAGAUCAACUGUGAUAGGUAAUGCCAGCUAAGCAGAGUUUGAAAUGUUGCUAGCUUGCUACUAUACUUUGAAAGCAAUCAAUCCAAAUAUGCUAAAUCAUUGCACUAGCGGGUAAAACUUGUUCAAGGAACAUGCGAUUAGUUGAAGUUAUAGGCUAAUCUAAACAUCAUUCAAGUUAAGUGCAUUCCAAAAGCAGGCUUGAAUUCGGAUUAGGUAACGUUAGCUUGCUGUAUGUGUCUGUUUUUUCUCUCCAACUAAUUUAGACUAAGCUACUACGAAAUUAACUAUGUAAGUGUACUUGUAAAGAGGGAACAAAAUAUGGCAUCUCCUGCCCGGCAUGAGCAAGCCAUAUUUGAAUGUCGUGGUGCACUGAAUGAAUGACUGACUGCCUUACUGGACGUCAACAAAUGAGAUGCGGAAGUUGACGAAGUCAUGUGACGAUGUGUUAUGGCAGUACCCAUGCCUUACCGGUAGGCGGCAGUCUCAUGGAAUGCCCAAGGCACAAACUGUAUGCUCGUACUUCCUGCCAUCUCUUCUCCCUCCGUGGUAGUAAUUGUCAUAAACACACACACGUGGGCUUCCGAACUCUGCACAUGUUGUCGUCUCUAAAAGGUCUGUAAAUAACAACACAUGUAUUUGAUCAGUUGUGGUCACGCCAUCAUAUAAUUUUGGCAACAUGUCGACAAGUGAGAAAACAACACCAAACGAAGGACUGGAUGCCGAAGAGGACGAGUUGCCUCCUCCCGUUGGGACUCGGACUCGUAGCGGGCGUAGAGUACGAACCCCAGCUGUGUAUCUUGACUCUGAAGUACCGAAGACUCCAACACGCCGAACAAGGAAAUCUGUCAUUCAAGAGUUACCGAAUGAGAACCAGACGGAACCCAAACCAGCGGUUGUAGUCGUGGAACUCGUUGCCGAAGAGGCUCUUUCGAAAAAACUUCAAAGCAGGGAGUCCAAAUCAAAUGCAUUGGCAACAGCUGAGGCAUACCCAAAACCAGUCAAAUCAGACAAACCUGUAGGGAAAUCAUUAGGUACAUUUAUUCAAGUUGUGUCACAUCAUUGUACCGAGAAGGAAAACAAGGUUGGUCCCGUACCAAUGGAGACGGUUCCGGACCGCCCAAAUAAAACAGCCAAAAAGAGGACUCUUGACCUGAUACCUUUGGGGAAACCGAAAUCCGGACGGGUAUGGAAGGACCGCAACAAGCAAAGGUUCUCUGCUCUUGUAAGAGACAAGCCACUGUGCUCCUCCUGGGAGAAGAAGAUGGCAGCCAAGCGAGAGAAGGAGCUGGUGAAGAAAUAUUCCCUGCAACUGAAGGAGGACAAAGCCAGGGAGAAAGAGGAAAAGAGGAAGCGGCAUGAGGAAAACUUGAAAAGGCGAGCUGAGAAUGAGAGGAAGGCCGAAGUUGUGCAAGUGAUCCGGAACACAACGAAGAUCAAGAGGAUGAAGAAGAAACAGCUGAGGAAGAUUGAGAAGAGGGACACACUCGCCAUGCUGCAGAAAUCACGGCCCAGGAACCCAAAAGCUGCACAGAAAGGUGGCAAAGGGGACAAGUAGAGGGAGUGCUCAAGUUGACUGAUGGGACAUUCAGAAGCACCCCAUGUAGAUAUGGUCAUCUGCUACAUGCAAUGACCCGGUGUUGCAGUUCCGCCGGGAUAAAAAGGUGGUGGAAUUUACCAUAUUACUUAAUCUUUCGGAUGUGCCUAGAGCUGACAUGGCUAUGCUAACUGUGUGAGGCUGUUGGGACUGGAGAGCAUGAGCAGCAAACCCUUUAAAAACAAUUAACCAGCUGUGGAGCAUUGCCGAUGCAAAAAGGGCCUGUCUCUUGUGGAAAUCCAAACGUGAGCUGGAAGAAUUCUUAUCAACUUGUAAUGCAAUGUUCCAUUAAACAAACCACAUUUAUACCACAUCCCAACCUUUGUGGGGUCAUUAGAUUAUGCUUUUUGCCCACUUUAGUGUUGCAUUAGAGGAAUAGUUAUAAAGCAAGUGUGCACUUCUCCAGUCAGGCUUUAUUACAAUCACAGUGCACUGACCAAUGGGCAUAAAAAGAUAGGAAAGUAUGAUGAAUGGAGAAACAGGACAGAAUUAUUGAAAAUAAAAGAACCAAUAUGGCAGUAUAAACUCUGGUACAACGCAUGAAUGGUUUUGAUACUGAUAUUUUUGUGAAGCAAUUUUUGUAUUUGCACUUUAUUUUUUCACAGCAGUGUAACUUGUGCAAACAAACUUGGGUCACAACUGUUCAGUCAUGUUGUACAGGGCCAGGGAUUAGGACAACACAGAAGUGAUCGGACAAUCUCGUUUUAGGAGAAAAACUCAUGUUCUCUCUGACCUUAACGCACUAAUUAUUAC